AUGGAAACCGGUCCCAGAAACAGUCCUAGCUCCGGGAAGGAAUCCCAGGAAAUCUGCUCCCCUGGAUUACUGGUGUUCACCGGCUGCUCUGAGCAGGAUGCCAGCUUGGCUAAGCAGUUUUGGCUCGGGGCGUCCAUGUAUCCCCCUACUGAAUCUCAGCUGGUGUUGACCAGGGACAGCAGCCAGCGGCUACCAGUGGCGAAGAAUUCUAAAGUCCAAGUGAGCGAGAAAACUCCAGUCCGACCCUUUCCCUUUGAUCAUAACAAGGAGGCAAAUGUCUUCGCUAAAGCCCAAAAGAUUCAGGAAGCUGAAGAGAAAGCAAAGUAUCUCCAAAAGGCCAAAAAGAGAGAUGAGAUUCUCCAACUCUUAAGGAAACAAAGAGAAGAGAGAAUUUCGAAAGAACUGAUUUCAUUACCUUAUAAGCCUAAGGCCAAAGUACCUGAAGUAAAGGAAGUCUCAUCAGAAUCAGACAAACAGGACCAAGAAGAAGUCAAAGCCUUGCAAUGAUUUGAUUGACAUAUUGUAGCAGGUGACUGUGUAGCUUAAUCACCUUUGAAGCAAGUUAUGCUUACAUCAGGAUCACCAAGUAAAAAGUGUGCAAGUUUCCAGGAAUUUGACAAUUACUGAGCAUUCAUGUUAAAAUAUACUAAAAUAAAAGUUAAGAGUGUAGACAGGUGGAUUUGGUCAGUCAUUGAACAUUUGUGUCUAUUGUAUUUAUUUGUCAUACUAUAAUCACCUUUGUCAUC